UUUCGGAGAGUUUCCACCGGAAGCGGAAGUUUGGGCUAGCAGUUUGGACACUGUAGCAGAAAAAGACUGUCUUUUAUUUAUUGAACCGUGGAGCGGACUGACCGACAUGGCUGGAACGGCCUCGGUAGCCGGUGAAGUGUUUGUUGAUGCGUUGCCGUAUUUUGAUCAAGGUUAUGACGCGCCGGGAGUCAGAGAAGCGGCCGCUGCGUUGGUGGAAGAGGAGACCAGAAGAUAUCGGCCAACCAAGAACUACCUGAGCUACCUUCCCAUGCCGGAGUUCUCAGCGUUUGAGACUGAAAUUAUGAGGAAUGAGUUUGAGCGAUUAGCUGCUCGCCAACCAAUGGACCUCCUCAGCAUGAAGAGGUAUGAGCUGCCAGCCCCCACAUCAGGACAGAAGAACGACAUUACCGCCUGGCAGGAGUGUGUCAAUAACUCCAUGGCCCAGCUGGAGCACCAGGCCAUCCGCAUAGAGAACCUGGAGCUCAUGUCGCAUUAUGGAACAAACGCAUGGAAAGUCUACAACGACAACCUCGCCUUCAUGAUCGAAAUGGCCCAAAAGGAACUUCACAAGUUCAGGAAGAAGAUUCAGGAUCUGAACUGGCAGCGCAAAAAUGAUCAGUUGGCAGCAGGCGCUAAGCUGCGAGAGCUGGAGUCCAACUGGGUGUCACUGGUCAGUAAAAACUACGAGAUCGAGCGAGCCAUCGUCCAGCUGGAGAACGAGGUGUCCCACCUGAGGCAGCAGCAGGGGGAGGAGAACAAGGAAAACAUCCGACAGGACUUUUAGAUGCAGCACAUCCGCCUCACCGAGCCGCCAGGUGGAUGUGAGCGGUCUGACACAAACGACUUGGAUUCACUCUGCUGGGUGACUCAACUCCCCAAGACGGAGGUUUGAAAGGCGUCGAUUUCCUCUGCAGUUGAUGGAAGAGUCGGGGCUUUUGUGCUUAGUCACAGACAAGUCAUAGUUUGACGACAUUCAACAUGAUCUGUGUGUUUUUACAAGUUCUGAGUUGUACAGUUUCUAAGUUUUGUUAUAGAAAAAAAUCAUGUUUUUAAUUUCACUUUUGCUUUUCAUCAUUUUAAUAAAAUGAACUUUUCCUACAUGA